AUAAGACAGUUAAUUUUAGUUCUGAUUUUCAAAGCUUUUGAUUGGCUGUUAAUUAAUUAUGACAUCAUUGAUCGUUUAACAUUGUUACUGCCAGGUCUUGUGUCUUAUCAAAGUUUAUACAGAGUUUAUAUACAACAUUCUAUAUUUUAUUACAACUUAUUUACACUAUUGACAUUAUUAUCAUCAUUCGAUAUUUAUACGUUUUCCAAGGAUAUAACUGUUCUCAGAUUAUUUGCGAAGUGGAAUUUAUUAAAACAUAAACACUCGGACAUUGACCUUUCAGUGAUCAUGGCCGAUCGCCGUGCACCUCGUUUCAGACAGAGGUCUAAUCAGUGGAACAGUUCCGACCCAGCUAACUGGACUGCUAACAAAUUGAAAGUUGAAUUGGAAAGUAUUAACAUUUUUGUUCCUGUUUCUCUGGGAAAAAACAUGCUUAAGAAGAUUUACAUGGAUAACAUCGCGCGUAGGAAAAUCGCCCCAGCUGACCAACAGAUGACAGGCAACACCUCACAGACAUCAGCAUCAUCAGACAUUGCACCAAGUACAUCUACUGCUGAUGCAAGUUCUAAUUUGAACUCAGUUACAAUUGCCAGUUCUAAUCAAGCUCCCGAUCAAAGAGAUUUAACCUCGGACAGCGGAAGUAAUUCGGCUAGGAGCAUAUCCGUGACAGAACCGCGGAUGAAUUUCCCGAGUGGAACGACCGGAUCUACGUCAUCCAAUAUGGCGGCGCCCAGUGCCAAUGUCAACAAUGAAGUUAUGACAGGGAUGUUAAAUUCAAUGCAGUCCAUGCAAGGAACGAUGCUGGGUUUACAGCAGACAGUUAUUAAAUUAAUUAACAUCAAUGACAAACCAGUAACCGUUGGCGUUGAGGAUAACAACCUCAGCACUGCAUACGCAGCCAUGGGAAACAACGAUCCCGGUCCAAGGCCAAGCACCAGUGCAGGAGCUGAAUCUCCAUGUAGCCAGGCUUUCCCAUUAAAUGAUAAACAAAUUUCGUCGCCUUGCAAAAGAAGCACAGGAGGUUCCAUGCAAAGUUCCUCCUCCUCAACUUGUGUUAUGGAGCUCGACACCGUAGUUAGCCAGUUGUGGGAGGCAGCAAUAUCUACAGGCACAAGAAAAACUUAUGAAACUGGUUUUAGAUCAUACACUUCUUUUUUGUUAUUAACUGGUGUUGUUGCUUUAAUAUUGCCUGGCUGUGUACCAGUCAAUGAACAGUUAUUAUUACUUUUUGUUGCUUAUUGUACAAGUAGACUACAUAUAAGUUAUAGUACUAUUAAAUUGUAUUUGUGUGGUAUUAGGUUCAAAUGUUUAGAACUUAACAUAAAUUAUCCUGAUUUAACUAAGUUAAGACGACUCAAAGCUAUACUGAAUGGAGUAAAGCGUACUUAUAAAACCAAUCCUAAACCAAGGUACCCUAUAACUUUUGAUAUUUUACAGAAAGUCUGUCUCUGGCUGCGCCAGAACAGUAGUUAUGAGAAUUUAUUAUUAGAAACUAUGUGUACAGUUGCAUUUUUUGGUUUUUUAAGAUGUGGUGAAUUCACAGUUGAUAGUUGUGGAAAUUUUGAUCCAGCUUUUAAUUUAUGUAUUUCAGAUAUUACUAUUCUAAGCGACAGUAUACAUCUUAAGCUUAAAAUUUCUAAAACAGAUCCUUUUAGACAAGGUGUGACUAUUAAACUUUUUGAAACAGGUACUGAGAUUUGCCCACAUAGGAUAUGCUGUUUGUAUAUGAAUAAUCGCUUUCAAAGGAAUCCGUCUCCUGAAACUCCAUUGUUUGUCGAUUUAACUGGGGCUGCUGUCACCAGAGCUAAAUUUCUCUCUUUAUUCAAACAUGCUUUAGAUAGUUUAGGUAUUGACUCUACCUAUUACAGUGGCCAUUCUUUUCGUAUCGGGGCAGCGACAACUGCCGGUUCAGUUCAGGUUGAGGACCACUUGAUAAAAGUUAUGGGAAGAUGGUCUUCAGAUGCUUACUGUAGAUAUAUAAAAAUUUCAGAGUCUGACCUGAAAAGAGCUCAAAAUUCUUUAGCAAAGAAUUGAUAAAAUUGGCAAAUUUGUCAAUCAUUAUAUAACUAUAUAUUAUUAUAUGAGAUACAUUGUACUAGUUUUACAGUAUACUAUAUUGCGGAUCGAUCUAGGAUCACUUGUAUGUCUGUCGUCAUUUAGGUUUAGGAAUAAUUAGGACUUAUGUAGUGUAGUAUGAUACAUGUAAUAACAAUGAUAAGAUUGCAUGUAUAUAAAUGUAUUGUUUUGAUUUAUAUCUUUGGUUGUUAUAACUUUUACUUAAUUUUGGGGCACUCAGACCGCAUACAUUUCAUGUAUUCAAUCUGAUUUAUGGCCGUAUUAAUUAAUUAAUCUGGUAAUGGGAAUACAUAAUUCAUUAAUUCCCCAAAAUUCUGUAGUUUUCAUUUGUUUCCAUGUACAGUACAUGUACAUUAAUAUUUGAAUGGGCUAUUAAAUUUGUCUAGCAGUUUUGCUAUCUUCAUCCACAUCAAUUUGAAGUAAUGCUCUUCCGGCUCUUGUAGCACACUUGUCUUCCGGCUCUUGUAGUUCUGGGUACACCGAGUAGCAUCUAACAUUGCUUCCGGCUCUUGUAGCUAACUACACCGAGUUGACCGCUACACCGAGUUGAGCAUUACUUCCAUGUGCAUUACUGACAUUGUUAUUCCGGCUCUUGUAGCCUAAGCUACAGCAUUUACAGUGAGUAAACACUUACUCUUAUGUUCUAAAAGCUUUCCAAUAGCUGCUACACCGAGUUUAAUUAUGUCAGUAAUUUAGAAAAUGCUGAGUCUGCCCCAAACCCAAAUCAAGUAUAAGUUUUUAGUUAUUUUGUAUUAAGAAGUUAUGUAAUAUAGUAUAAUCUUUCUGAUUAGAGUAAUUUUGAGUGAUUUAUUGUGUAUGUAAAUAUUUUGAUAUUAUGUUUUUUAUUAAUAGAAAUUAUUAACUACUUUAGUUUUGUCUAAUUAUUACAUUAGGGAGUGAUAUAAUCGAGAAUCAAAAUAGUAAGUCGACAUCACCUUUCUUAUUACUAUACUAGUGGUAAGAUCCGUCGUCAAAUUAUCCAUACAUGUAAAUGUAGAAAUUGGUAUAUGAGAAGCUGCACUCCUUUGCAAAUAUGGGGUAUAUGUCAAUGCAUAGGAUGAUACUAGGCAGAGUCUUUACAGUACUCAGUAACCUGUUAUGCCUUAUAGUAGAAUAUAUGGCAUCAUUUUUAAGCUGUGCACAUACUUGGUUAAUCUUAUAGAGUCUUGUCUUAGGUUGUUUCUUGCUUCUAGGCAUAUGUAUAUACACUUAGUUUAUUGUCAAACUCUACAGAGCUCACAAUGAGAAAUUACUUGCAGUACACUAUGAACACUAAAACAUCAGGAACAUCUACAACUAUACAUGUAUGCUGAUUGAUCUCAGAAUUACAAUACAACACUAUUACUAUAUUUGGUGGGAUAAGAAUACAGUUGAAGGAUCAACAUGGUUUUCUAUUCUAAUUAGUAUUUACAAAAUAAAUUAAGACUUAUAAGUAUAAGUCAUGUUUAUGUUGUUAAAUUGUUCCUAUAGACUAAACUAUAAGAUAGUUAAUUUUAGUUCUGAUUUUCAAAGCUUUUGAUUGGCUGUUAAUUAAUUAUGACAUCAUUGAUCGUUUAACAUUGUUACUGCCAGGUCUUGUGUCUUAUCAAAGUUUAUACAGCCACCACCAUCCCCGCCGCUCUUCCAUAAAUUUUGAAUGUUGUUUAGGACAUUUAAUGUGGCUUUGUUAACAUGUAACUUCUUGUGAAUAUUUUUCAUAUAUUUAUCCUUUUAAUUUAGUACAUUAUCAUGAUUAUUGUAUGUAUUUACACUUGUCGACUAUAUGCAUGUACUUUGGGCAGAUUCAGUUAAAAUUGUUAAAGCCAUAUUGGCCGUAUUAAUUAAUUAAUCUGGUAAUGGGAAUACAUAAUUCAUUAAUUCCCCAAAAUUCUGUAGUUUUCAUUUGUUUCCAUGUACAGUACAUGUACAUUAAUAUUUGAAUGGGCUAUUAAAUUUGUCUAGCAGUUUUGCUAUCUUCAUCCACAUCAAUUUGAAGUAAUGCUCUUCCGGCUCUUGUAGCACACUUGUCUUCCGGCUCUUGUAGUUCUGGGUACACCGAGUAGCAUCUAACAUUGCUUCCGGCUCUUGUAGCUAACUACACCGAGUUGACCGCUACACCGAGUUGAGCAUUACUUCCAUGUGCAUUACUGACAUUGUUAUUCCGGCUCUUGUAGCCUAAGCUACAGCAUUUACAGUGAGUAAACACUUACUCUUAUGUUCUAAAAGCUUUCCAAUAGCUGCUACACCGAGUUUAAUUAUGUCAGUAAUUUAGAAAAUGCUGAGUCUGCCCCAAACCCAAAUCAAGUAUAAGUUUUUAGUUAUUUUGUAUUAAGAAGUUAUGUAAUAUAGUAUAAUCUUUCUGAUUAGAGUAAUUUUGAGUGAUUUAUUGUGUAUGUAAAUAUUUUGAUAUUAUGUUUUUUAUUAAUAGAAAUUAUUAACUACUUUAGUUUUGUCUAAUUAUUACAUUAGGGAGUGAUAUAAUCGAGAAUCAAAAUAGUAAGUCGACAUCACCUUUCUUAUUACUAUACUAGUGGUAAGAUCCGUCGUCAAAUUAUCCAUACAUGUAAAUGUAGAAAUUGGUAUAUGAGAAGCUGCACUCCUUUGCAAAUAUGGGGUAUAUGUCAAUGCAUAGGAUGAUACUAGGCAGAGUCUUUACAGUACUCAGUAACCUGUUAUGCCUUAUAGUAGAAUAUAUGGCAUCAUUUUUAAGCUGUGCACAUACUUGGUUAAUCUUAUAGAGUCUUGUCUUAGGUUGUUUCUUGCUUCUAGGCAUAUGUAUAUACACUUAGUUUAUUGUCAAACUCUACAGAGCUCACAAUGAGAAAUUACUUGCAGUACACUAUGAACACUAAAACAUCAGGAACAUCUACAACUAUACAUGUAUGCUGAUUGAUCUCAGAAUUACAAUACAACACUAUUACUAUAUUUGGUGGGAUAAGAAUACAGUUGAAGGAUCAACAUGGUUUUCUAUUCUAAUUAGUAUUUACAAAAUAAAAUGUUGUUUGUUAUAUCAGACCCCAUAUCAUGAUAAUUGGUCUUAUAUGAAAAGUGAUAUAAUGUAAAUCUAUAUUUAUAUUUAAAAAAUAACUUGGUUAGAGAAUGUUAAAUCAAUGUUUUAUAAUUGUGGACAAAUGAUAAACUUUUGUUUGCCCUUAUCUGGUUU